AUGGUGAGCAUCCCUGCACCGGCAUGCACAGUCUCCCAAGGCUCAUACUGCUGAAGAGUACGCCCCUCUCUCCCUCUCUCUCUCUUUCUCUCUCUCUCUCACAGGCUCUCCAACUCAACCUGUCCCUCACACACAUACACACACACACGUGCUCAGUCACACACGCGCAGUACUGUCAGGAGCGCUGCUGCUGGACCACAGCCAUCUCGCAAAGGAGGUUCUAUCGGAGGGAAGAGAAAGCCAGAGCGAGAGCAAGACAAAGAGAAGGAGGACGGCAGAAGGAGAGGAGCGAAUAGGAGUGCGGGGACCUGCACAAGGAAGGAGAGACCCAGCGCUUUGUGAAGACAAGAAAGCGAGGGACAGGAGGAGGGAGGUGGAGAGAGGAAAAAAGAGGAGGGGAAACAGGAAACGCGAUCACUUUCAAUCGCAGCGGUCCGUGUCGCAGCAUGGGCAAUGCACCAUCCCAAGCCAACGCCGGGGCCUGUUUUCCUAAGCAAGAUCCCGAGCGUGGUGGCAGUCACAUGAUCUCGACAGAUGACUUGGAGUAUCCGCGAGAAUACCGGACGCUGGGGAACAGCGCUCGGCGCUUCUCCAAUGUGGGCCUGGUGCACACAUCCGAGCACCGCCACACCGUCAGCGCCGCCCAGAGCCUGGAGGCCCUGACCAACCUGCACAAGGUUGACAUGGAACGCAAGAGGGACGCCUUCAUGGAUCACCUGAAGAGCAAGUACCAGCAGCAGCAGCAGCAGCAGCAGCAGCUGCAGCAUCCGCAUCAUAGCCCACACCACAACCCACCAUCUCCCUCACCAUCUCAUGCCAGCAUGAGGGGUACAUCAGAGCGGUCUGCACGAGAACAGCAACAGCCCAACUACUGGAGCUUUAAGAGCCGCAGUCCACGGCAUUCCCAGUCUACCCAGUCUGGGCUUGCCGACCAAGCCGCCAAGCUCUCCUUUGCCUCUGCUGAAUCCUUGGAGACCAUGUCAGAAGCUGACAUCCCCAUCGGGUUUAAUCGGAUGAACCGAUUUCGCCAGAGCCUGCCGCUGUCCCGCUCUGCCAGCCAGAAUAAGCUACGAUCUCCAGAUGAAUAUUCAGGCGUGCUGUUCCUGCAGUACGGAGAUGAGACACGUCGGGUUCACAUCACCCACGACUUGAGCAGCCUGGAUACGCUGCACGCUCUUAUCGUGCACAUGUUCCCUCAGAAGUUGACAGCAGGUAUGCUGAAGUCACCCAACACGGCCAUCUUGAUCAAGGACGAGGCGCGCAACGUCUUCUACGAGCUGGAGGAUGUCCGGGACAUCCAAGACCGCAGCAUCAUCAAGAUUUUCCGCAAAGAACCCAUCUACGCUUCCUACCCUGCUGCUGCACACCUGGCUAAUGGAGACCUGAGGAGGGACAUGGUGUACUCGUCUCGCGACUCCUCCCCAACUCGCCGCCUCAACACCCUCCCCUCCUCUACGGCCUCAGCGUCCUCUGGUUCUCCAUCUCGCUCACGCCUAUCCUACAGCGGCGGCCGUCCUCCAUCCUUCACUGGGUCCCACUCUCAGCAUGAACAGCCCCGACAUCCCCACCAUCCCUCUGCCGGCCACGGUGCCAACUUAGGCCUCUCUCCCUCGCCCAGCGCCAUCCUAGAGCGCCGCGAUGUCAAGCCUGAUGAAGAAGUUUCUGCAAAGAAUAUGGCGCUGAUGAAGAGUGAGGGGCUGUAUGCAGAUCCCUACAGCCUUAUGCACGAGGGCCGCCUCAGCAUUGCCUCCACUCAGUCGUUAGCUGCCAUCGGAGACCCCUUUAGCUUCCCUGUUUCCAGUGGCCUGUACCGCCGUGGCUCUGUGCGCUCUCUCAGCACCUACUCAGCCGCUGCUCUUCAAGGGGACCUGGAGGACUCCCUCUACAAGCCUGGAGGUUCGCUCUACGCUGACACAUACUCCUCAGCCACUCUGGGCAUGGGUUUUCGCAUGCCGCCCUCAUCCCCGCAGAAAGUCCCUGACAUGCAGCUGAGGGACAGGGACUCUUAUUCUAGCUCACCCAGCAGAGCCUCACCUGUCAGGCAGACCUUCCGCAAGGACUCUGCCUCCUCCUCUGUGUUUGUGGAGAGCCCAAAGUCGAGGCCCAGCUCCAGUUCAGAGCCUCUGUGUCUGACAGCUGGGCCUGGGGAGGGCGGCAGGGCCACGCCUGGCUUUGGUUCUUCAAUGUCUGGACAGGACCCUGACAGCAGCAGGGAUCAUCGCCUGGAGCGUAUGGAGGCAAUGGAGAAGCAGAUAGCCAGCCUUACUGGGCUGGUCCAGAGUGUGCUGACCAGAGCACCAGACAGUGAUAGCACAUGCGGCCUGCUGCGUCUCUGCAUGAUGGCGGGCUGCCCUCCAGACCAAGGGACGGAGUUCUCACGGCCAUUACCUUUCUCUUCCAGCGAGAAGACCGAAACCAACAGUGACGGCUCCGCCACUGGAACAGGACGACUGAAAAAAAAAGCUCAUACACCGUCGGCACCUCUAGCUCUGAUGCCGCCGCCACCUUCUAACACAACCCCGGUGAACUUUGCCGGCCGCUUGCAGAUGCAGCUCCACCUGCAUGGCCUGCAGCAAAACGCCACCGACCUGCGCAAACAGCUUGGCCAGCUACGCAAGAUACAGAUAGAGAACCAGGAUUCGGUGCGAACUCUGUUGAAGCGGACAGAAGCAGAGCUAAACUUGCGUGUGGCCGAUGCCUUGAGGAAACAGGAGGAUCCUCUACAGAGACAGCGCCUCCUGGUGGAGGAGGAGAGACUCAAGUACCUCAACGAGGAGGAGCUCAUCAUCCAGCAGCUCCAUGACCUGGAGAAGUCAGUGGAGGAGAUCCAGAAGGAGUCGUCUGUCAACCACAAGCUGGUGACAGUGCAGGAGCUGGAAGAGAAGGCCACUGUUCUGAGAAAGCUGGGAGAAACACUCACAGAACUGAAAAAUCAGUUCCCAGGCCUGCAGAGUAAGAUGCGGGUGGUGCUCAGGGUGGAGGUGGAGGCUGUCAAAUUCCUGAAAGAAGAGCCACACAGGCUUGAUGCCCUUUUAAAACGCUGCAAGACUAUAACUGACACCCUCGCCACCAUGCGCAAACAAGCAAAUAAUGGAGUGUGGAAGAAGCAGGAGGACUUCUCUAUUCCGUCAUCAAAGCACGACGACUUGCGAAAGUUUUCAGACUUUGACCUCACCACUAGCCCACCCCUCACCAUCAAUGACCUUGGGGGCGGCAACAGCCUGUCCAACUGGAGCCCCCACUCCAGCCUCAGCCGUGGCCACGGCAACCUGUCUGGCCCCCACAAGGACAAUCAUCCUCCUGUUCCCCACAAAGGCAAAGCCCUGGAGGAGCUGGAACGCCGUGCUUUAGCUGACAAAGCUUUAUCCGUGGAGGUCCGACUGGCAGCAGAGCGGGACUGGGAGGAGAAGCGUGCUAGUCUGACCCAGUACAGUGCCCAGGACAUCAACCGAUUGCUGGAAGAGACCCAGGCUGAGUUAUUAAAAGCUAUUCCAGACCUGGACUUUGCUGCCAAGCAAAUCAAGCCCUCCUCUAACACACCAUCUUCCCAGAUCCCCCAAAGUGGGGUAGGAACCCCAGAGCACCGCGUCAGCAAGCCCCAGCACAAGCUUUCUGGGAAAGAGGGAGGAUCAAGGCGUGGCUCUGAUGAGUUGACAGUGCCGCGGUAUCGCACAGAAAAACCCUCCAAGUCUCCUCCUCCUCCACCACCUAGACGCAGUUUCCCGUCUUCUCCAGGCAUAACCAGCCGCAGUGGAGAGCCCCUCAUUCCUGGGAAAAGUAUAAAGAAGUCUGAAUCUGAAGAGACUGAAGGUCAGAAGCCUCAUGUAAAACUGAGGAGGACCCUGUCUGAAAACCCCCGUCCUGCGUCUACACCCCCCACACUGGCCUCUGGGGACAAGGAGGAAGGAGAGGAGGAGAGAAUCGCUGCCGAAUUGGAGCUGUCUAGCUGUGCCUUACUGGACUGCUCUAGACUUAAGAGAGAGCUGCAUCUGGCAGACCACACAGGCAGCACAUCAGUUGCAACAGGAAGGCGCUUGUCUCCUGUUCCCCACAUCGUGUUGACAGAGUGUUUGCCAGCUUCGCCGACUGCCUUAGAGGAUCCUGUCAGAGAUUCAGCAAACAACCCUGUAGAAGAGAGUCCAUCCCGAGAUUGGACUAGUCACCACACCAUCUACCAGACUACAUUUUCAAAAGAAAGGGAUUCAUUUGGAAGCACUUCUCAGCAAGAGCAGCAUUGUUUUAAAGAUGACAUGGAGUUAAAACAGGAAGUCGCUCUGCUGUUGACAGAGCUGGAGGUGAGGGUGGUGUCUCCCGUUGAGGCCAUGGAGCUCUGCACGACUAUCGGAGAAGCCUUGCAGAUCCUGAUUGUCUCACCACAGACUAAUGAAGUCCCUGAGGUUCAGCUGACUGGCCGGCCUCUCCUAGUACUACUCCGAGAGGAAAAAACUGUCAGGGAUGCCUACAGGCUGCUGUAUUCCCUUUUGGAGUCAUCCAAGCCAGUGCCCAAACCCAGAAUAAAAUCCUCCCUCCACUCGGGCCAGCAGAGCUUUCUGGUGGAGGCUCUUAGAAGAGGGAUAGAGACGGGAGAUCGAGUGCUGACACUUCAGCACAACACUGAAAUUAAGAUUCCUGAGGUACAGCAGAAAUCAAUAAACAUUACUCUUAAGUCCAGUGGGUCAUGUAGCUCUAUGGACAGUCUAUCCAACCAGAGCCAAAGAAAAACAAGAGAAGAUAUUCGAUGCAGCACCUACAUGAGGCUGGACAGCUUGGAGGAGACUAUUCGUGAGCUGGAGAACACCUUGAUAGAGAUCAGUGGCCAUCCAACUGCAGAGCAGCUCUACACUGAGACAACCACCAAAAGCACUCCUGUAAAGACGACAGGCAGUCGAACCUCAGAGACCAAGAAGCCACCGGUACCACCCAAGCCGUCAUCUUUCAACCCAGCAUCGAUCCAGGGAGGGAAUAGUUCAAGUGUUGGUAAGGUCCUCCACUCCUCAGCUGCCUCCAAGCUAAAGCACCUGCAGCAGAACAGCACAGACAAGACUAAAAGUGGCAGAAGAGACGACUUCCUGAAGAUCCAGGGCCAGCACCAGACGUGCCCACCAUGGGUGACCUCUCCACUCGGCCCACAGAUGAAGGCCUUGGGGACCAACAGCACCAGUGGCAGUAUUGAGCCAUACCUCUCUGGUAUCAAAACAGGAAUUUUCUCAGGCCGAGUGCCCUCUCCUGCAGCAGCAUUUGCCCCUGGCCUGAGGAAGAAUCCCCAAGAGGGGUCACUGCCCAUCCUGAAAGCCUCCUCCAGCCAAGCGAAGGCCCUGCUGGCAAGCCUGUCUGCCUCCGGCCUGAGUGCUGAGGCCCUGCUCCUCUCCUCCACCCUCCGUCAUCGCCGCCUUCUACGUGAGCAGCGAGCCUCCUCCUUGCCCCUGCCCAGCAGUCAGUCCUCCCCUCCUACUCCCAUUGCUACCUCCCCCUCCUCUUCCUCUUCACCCACCACCUCUACUCCUUCCCUGUCUCCCUCCUCUCCCACCAAUUUGUGUUCCCUUACCCUCUCUUCUGCGGUUCCCAAACCCAGCGGUUGUAGCUCCAGCCUCAACAGCUGCAAGGAGGGGGCCAGUGAGCAUGUGAAUAAGGGCUUUGCCCCCGGCAACUCCCAGUAAUAAACAUGUGGAGGACGAGGACAUGGGAGAAUUUAAGCACCAUCACAUCAUGAACCAUGAAGAGAAAACAACUACAAUAAGGACAUUUUCAGCAUUUUUUUUCAUGGGAUUUUUGGCUUUUUUGACCUCUUGUUUUUCUUCUCUAGUUUUGGCCUCACUCCAGUAUGCAAAGUUUCCUACUCUGAUCUGGUUCCAUAGUUGUUAGUGGAGACAUAAUUUCUAGAAUGUGACUUUUAUCAUAGAAAUAAGAGCUCCAUUCAUUACCAAGUGAGUCCAGUUGUUGUGUGUGUGUGUUCAGGAUAAUAUUGCUCUCACUUACCUGCAUCACCUGGCAGAAUGUGCUCGGCAGAAAACAAAAUCAAAAGAAGAUCAAGGUGAUGAUUGUGGUUUCAAUUUCUGAUUUGUAUUUGAUUUUUCUUGAAACCUGUGUUUUAAACUCCAAACUGGUGCUAUAUUUUCCCCUCCGUUUGUACACACUGUGAUAAGGUUUACAUGAUUGUCCUCACUCCCCGUUCUUUGACCUGCCCUUUGUUGCAAGUGUACAUUCCACAUUCUAACUUUGACUUUAUGUCACACUGUUUGAAUAUUUAUGUACAUCACUACAGAAUGAGAUCCUUGCAUUGAAAAUUAGGAACAAUUAUAGGACAUUUUCAACUUACAAUGAAGAUACAUUCACAAAGGCACAUUGUAGGGAGCACAUUUCUAUUUAAAAUAGAACCAGGAGGUACAGUUACACAAACAGAGGGAAGGGAUGCAAAUGGUGAAUUUUAUAGACAAUGAAUUCAUAUGUGUAUUUGCUAAUUAAUUAUGACAAUCAGGAUGUUUCUGCAGUAGCAUCUUAUAGGUUGAUCUGGCAUUUAAGCACCUAAAAAGACUCAAGCACACACAGUGAUGAAUAACACACAAUCUGUCACACAUUCUGCACUUGUAAAGCCAAGCUGUUUGCAAAAGCACAGACUCUACUAGUUGUUUUGUUUCAGCAAGUCUUGUGUGAUGAUUCAUUUUCACAUUUGUUGCACCAAUGAUGAAGAAAACCCUAAGAUAUAUGCCACUUUGACCAGAACAUGAUAUCUGAUCUACAGAGCGACGGAUCAAGUGGUUUCAUUUGGGACACUUGUUUCUUUUAAACUUCACAUGUAUUUUGAUGGGAAGCAGCUUCCAAAGUUGUCAAGCACCUUCUUUGAAUAAGAACAAAAUGUAUCUUUCAAUGCAGUGAAUCGAUCGCACUUCAACAUCUAUUGAACUGUUUCAACUCUUAAGCAGUGUUUGAAAGAUAAAGAAAGUUGAUCAGCACAUAUUUACAGACUUCAGAUAUAUCUUGACCCUUAAAGGGCCUAAGAUAUGAAUAUAAAAAACAUUAAGGAAGCAGAGUUUCCUCUUAAACACCCUUUCUUCUAAUUUUGAUCUUGUGAAUCUGCUUAAAUGUGACGAGCACAAAGCUACAAAUGUUCCUAGAAGGAAGAAGAAAACAUCCCUGCAUAUUUUAAAUACUGUACGUUAGAUUUCCGAUAUUGCUGUUGCCUCAUUUGGUUUUCUUUCCUGCAUGUUGAAACAUUUAUGAAUGUUAGGCCUUUGGUGUUCCUCAAUGACGGUAGUUGAAGUUAUAACUAUUUCAAGCACAUCAAAGGCCUGUCAGUGAUUCCCUAUGUGUGAACCUCGCACAAGGCACCAUUUUGAAGCUCCCUGUCUUGUGUUCUGCCUUAGGGCUGCCCACUGGGGAGGUGAUGAUGUUGUACGGACAGGCAUAGACAAAGUGAUUGAUGUUAUGGGUUUUUUUUUUUCAGUGGUUAGCUAAAAUACUUUAUGAAAUGGAUUAUUUGUGGCAUUGAGAUGAAAACGUGCAAAAGGGGAUUGUGUCAAAGAGUAGUCCGUUUGAGGAGAGGGGAUUAGUUUGGGGACAUGUGUUUAAUAAGGCUGGCAUUGACUUGCCUUGUCUCCAUUGAGAGUGCUUGAUAUAAAAAGACCCAAAGAGAUGCGAGGAAGGGCAAGACAGUCGGAGAGCCAGUAAGCGGCUGUUCUUUCCCUGCCCCUCUCACUUUGUCUUUGGUGUAGGGCGUCUUUGAAAUAAAAACCACUCAGUUGAGGUUAUCCUAGGACAAAGUUUGAUAGGCCUCAAUAUAAACAGUAACAGUAAUUUUGCCAAGGCAGUGCUCUUUGCCUUUGUGAAACGGUCUGUUUGUCUGCAAGGAGCUGUUACCAUAUUUUUCCCAGUGCCUCCAAGACUUUGUUCUUAUUAGAAUGCCCCAGUUGAUCUUGUAUUACAGUAUUAGAUCAGCACAGCAAUGAUAGAAUAACACGUUUACCCAAAGAAAAUGGUGCGGAAAUUGGCUUGUUCCAAUUUUUUCCGCAGAAAACCACUUGAAAUGCGUGAUACUUGAGUGUGUUAGGUUGCAGCGGUGGCAUUUGACUAAACACUCCUAGAGCUCUAACAAUGUGCAAAACUGCAAGCUUACAGCACAGCAAAUUAAGCCUCACCCUGGGUGCUCUGUAGCUCUGCCAGACAGGUUCAAGCCCUGGGUUUCAUAUUGAGUGAAGUCAAAUGAAAGAAAUUCACUUACUCAUGCUGUUCCACACUCAAAUCUAUAACUCCGAGUUAAAUUUGCUGCAUUUGCGUCUGGUGAGCGUUGAGGAGGAAGUAUUCACGCUUGGCUGCUUUCCCCAAGUAAAGUCUGAGCUGAAACCUCCCUGAAUUGCAUGGCAGUGCUCUCUGGAAUGAUUUUUUCAAGACAAGUGUUAGUGUGCUGUGAUUUCAACAUGGCUGGAGGCUUAGAUGGCAUGUGGCAGACACUCACAGUAAAUGCCCCUGGCAAUCAGAAAAACAAGCAAACUUGAAAUCAAACAUAGAAGAAAUAUACAUAUAUAAAUAUAUCUAAGUGAGAUGUUUGUGUAUGAUAUAAUUGUGAAGAAAAAUGUGAUAUAUAUAUAGGCCUAGAUUAAAUUAUAUACUGUAAAAUGUCAUCUCUUCAGUUUUAUAAAUUAGUGAUGAUUUUGUACAGAGUUUUCUUUUUUAAGUCAUUGAGAAAGAUAUUACAUUUCACACAGAUUAUUUAUUCAUACGCAGAACAUUUUUAUAUUUGUUUAAAAAUAUCUUUAUAGAUAACAGUUAGCCUCUGUAAUAUACGCUGAAGUUCAUUUUUUAAAUUCUAGGGUUUAUUAUUAUUUAUUUACGAGCACUGAGUUUUUAUGUAGUUUUCAAGCGCUUGUCCCUGAAAAUGCUUGUCCAGCUCAUCUGCACCUUGGCCUCCUUAUGUGAAGGGUCACUAUUGAGGUGUAAGAGGCUGGAUCAGUGCCUGUGCUUAGGGGCUUAUUUUGCUACUAUGUUUGUUUUAGGGGGUUGUUUUCUGUACCUAUGGUCUGCUUUUUGUUUUGUUUCACCCCAUCCUGUCUUUGUGAUUCAGCUGGUAUUAGUAAGUUAGAUUGCCUGAAACACAGAUAGUAGGGUAACUACUGUGAAAGUUCAGUUUAUGGGCCCAAAGGCUUCAUAGAGAGUCUUGCUGCUUUGACAAAAGUAAGUUACAUGGCUUUAAUUUUCCUCUGUGUCAUGUCGGCAUGUGAACAGGAGUGGUAGCAAUGUGAAUGUGGAUGCUCAGUGCAAAAGCAUUCAAAGACAACAGGUUCUUAAUCAUUAAAACAGGUACAUGUUGUUUAUUCACUUCCAGUUGUUGCACUGAGUGGCUUUAAGUACGAGUUGAGCUAAAACACAGAAGUUGUUAAACCACCAAGACGGAUCAAUGAGGGAAUUAUGUGGCGUUGUGUGAAUUAAAAGUUUUAUCUCUUCCUUUGCCAUUGUAUCUUUUUUAUAAGGAACCUACAUUCUAUUGUAUGUACUGGUAUAUGAGAUUUUUACAUGAAUUUGUGGAUGUUCAAAAAUCUUGGCAUCAAAAGGAGAAAAACAAAAAUUGACUUGUAAAUAGGCCGAGUCAUCCCUAGCGAGUUCAACCAAUUGUUAUGUCCAAAAGAUGUUUUAUUAUUAAACUUUGACGAUGGGUACAAAGGUAUAUACAAAAUAAUGCAUGUGUAGUCUCAAGCAAUCGCACGGUGCAGUUGAAAAAAAAAAUGUCUACAGGUUUUCUCAAAAUAAAUGAGAAAGAGAGGAAGAUAAAGGCGAUUCUGUGAUAAAGGUUUACAAACAUGGAGAAUGAGACAUUAUUUUGGUAUUUGUGACACAGGCAUGUUCAGUCUUACUGUGAUGUUAUGUGACAAUGAGGAUGACUAUAGUGGCAGAGAGUGUUGGAUGUCUAGAAGGAUUCAGAAUGCUUGAAAGCACCCCAACCAGAAAAGUCACCAGUGAUGGUGUACUCUUUCCACAGAGUGAUUCUCCCAUUUGUAGAGUAGUGUGAUAUAAGAACAAAAAUAAUACAGAAAAUAGAUCUAUAAUAAUAUAAUGAUAUAUAAAUUUAAAAGCCUACUGAUACUGGAGAUACUAAUUUAUCAGUGUGGAUGCCAUGAUAUUCUGUGAGAAAUGUGUGUUUUUCCUGUGAGAAGACAGUAGGCAGUUGAACCUGCCUUCUUUUGUACAUAAUUUGCUGUGAUUGUGUGUCCAAUAAAGUGCAGCUCUCUUGUACAAUG